AAUUUUUGUUUGGGACCCGUCGGCGGGCUGAAAUAUUGCGACUCCAAGGAUACCCCCAAAACAGCAGCAAAAUGUCGAAUUCCACGCCAGAAUUCCUCCGAUUCACAGGGCAUAGAUCCUUCACCCAGCGUCUAAUCCUCUCGACGCUGACUGGUAGACCUAUCCACAUUUCCAAAAUCCGAAGCACAUCGCCUACGAAUCCAGGUCUUGCCCCCCAUGAGAUUUCCUUCUUGCGCCUGCUGGAGGCUGUCACCAAUGGCAGUUCCAUGCAAAUUUCUUAUACCGGUACCACUAUAACAUAUCACCCUGGCCUGAUCACCGGAACUAUCGCUGGUUUUGGCGCUUCCGACGGCGAUGUCAUUGAGCACAACAUCUCUGUCAACAAUACCCGUGGUGUCACCUACUUCCUUAUGCCUCUCUGUUUACUUGCGCCCUUUUCCAAGGCGCAUAUGAACGUCCGAUUCACUGGCCCCGGCGUUAUCACAUCGUCCACCGAGACAGGGGACAUCUCCGUCGAUUCUUUCCGAACUGCCAUCCUCCCUCUCUUUGCCCUAUUUGGCAUCCCUCCUGCGCGGAUAGAGCUUAGGGUACUUCAACGAUCAUGCGCUGGGCCCGGCGGAAAGGGUGGUGGCGGCUGUGUGGAGUUGCGAUUCGCAAGUCAAGUGCGACUACCAAAGACUCUGCAUCUCAACCGAAGCCCUGGUCGGAUAAAGCGCAUUCGCGGUGUCGCAUACUGUACUGGAGUAUCUGCCUCCAACAACGCCCGUAUGAUUCACUCAGCACGAGAGAUCCUGAAUCCUUUGGUUUCCGACAUUCAUAUCGCUGCGCAGUAUGACCAAGCACCUCUUGUACCCACUGGCGACAAGGCAGGAAGCAAAAGACGGCUUGGAAUAGGGUUCGGUUUGAGCUUGGUCGCUGAGUCAAGCGCUGUUGGAAUCCUCUACUCUGCAGAUGUAGUUGUCCCCCCCCAGGGCGGCAUUGUUCCUGAGGAUAUUGGAAAGCAGUGCGCUUUCCAGCUACUGGAGAACAUCUCCCAAGGUGGCUGUGCCACCCAGGUUUCAGCUAAGACCAUGCUUGUGCUUAUGGCUAUGGGGUCGGAGGAUGUUGGUCGUCUUAGAAUCGGUAGGGAAGUGCUCGCAAAUGAAGAGAUGGUUAUUCUGGCGAGAGAUCUGAAGAUAUUUGGCGCAAGCAGUUGGGGUUUGAGGGACGUUGGGGACAAUACGAAUGAUAUCAUUGUUUCUGUUAAAGGCACUGGCGUUGGUAAUGUUGGAAGAAAGAUAGCGUAAAAGCACAGAAUAAAUCUAUUGCUAUAUCUCCGAUUUCAGACCUUGAAAAUUAUUCAAACGCGCUAAAUU